CUCAUCACAGCGUGGGCCUAUGUAUGACAAGAAUGGCCUUUGUGAUGGACUGGCUCGAGUAGAAGCAGACCCCGUGCCCGCCAACACUACAACCAUAGAUCUUUGACCUACAACAAUUCUUGGCCACAGCUGCAGAGUUUCAGCGGAGCUGGCCCCUGACAUGAGGCGGAAACCCCUGCUCCAAUGCAGCUAGUGUUUUCCAGAAAAUCAUUUCCUUCCACCCACUGCAUCUCAGGCCCCACCCCUGAGUCUACGAAGUUUGUGAAGAGGCACCACCAUAUCAGACAACUGAACUUUACCUGUAUAGCCUGCAAGGCAGCUACACAUCACUGAUCCGGAGUGGCUCUCUUGGUGGCAGGCAGCAGCAAAAUGGCGCCCAGAGCCAGGUGCUUCAGGGCAGGGGCAAGGACGGCAAUGGCCCCCUGAGGCCAGCACCGGGUUCCCAUAGUAUCCAGAUACGCAACUGUAGAUGGGAGGAACAUAUGGUCAUAGCUUGUCUCGACAGGAGAGUCGACAUUGUGAGCUCGGAGGAGGAAGCAUGCAAACUUUUGAGCUCCUGUUUUUAUUUUUUUAGCGAUUGGUUUUUCUUCUCUUUAUUAAUUAGGUUUUUGACCUUGGUUUUUUAUCUAAACUGAGCUGCUUAGUUUGGAAAAUAGCAAAGCUACCUCCAGGAUGCUUUUGCAACUAGAAGUUUGUGUUUAAAUAACUAUAACAAUAGAUUCUUCUGGCUCAGCGUUCUUCGGUAGGGGAGUAUAAGGAGUGCUUGUAAGGAGUGCCAGCAGUUCAGCAAGCAAUGAGGAGAAAGCAGUUUAAGGAGCAAUCAAAGAAAUCAAAGAAAACAAAUUUUCUUGGAAAAAGCUCCCAGCAUGCUAAACCUUCUAACAUAGAAAACACAGCUGUACAAGCGCAGUAUUCUUUGCUUAGAAUGCGGAACCAUUUGGCACAAUGGGAGAUAUUUCCCAGGAGGGUGAUCGAGGAGUCUUUGAAUGUUCCUGAUGACCCUGUAGAACUAUACCUUGGGACCAUGAGGAAUUGCACGGCUAUGCGAGUGAAUCGGAUCACUGGUGAUCUACAGAAGAGAGAACUCUCUUGUAGUUCCUCUCCAGUUAUGAAAGAUCAACAAACUCAGUUUAGGUAGCAGGAUCCCUUUUGAAGGAUGGCUUAUGGUCUAAUAUUUCCAAGUUAACAUCUCUUGAGGCCAUUCUAAUAGAAAAUCGAAAUCAAAGGAAGAAGACGCUACAGGAGGAAAGUGCAAGAAAUAUUAUGACACUUGUCCUUUUACAGGAGAAUGAUAAAUUUAACUCCUCCUGCACCAAGGAUCAAUGGAGCAGCUUGCCCACUGCUGAUUCACACCACCUGAGACAGACUAAAAUCUCUUUUUUUCCCCCUCCCUCGGAAAAGACCUUAGGAAGUUUGGAAAAGGUAUCAAGUUCUCUUCUGCAGAAAUGACAGUCUCAGUUUGCUCUUGACAAGCAGAAAUAUCUGAAGCCUACAUCUGGUUUUGCACUGUCUGAAGGGAAUAUGGAAAGCUUUACAGAGGUGAAAUCCCCUGUGCUAACGUUACUGAUGGGUGAUGGCACUGGACUUUUAUUCUUGGAGUCUUCGCUUGAACAAUCUAUCCCUGCUUGAUCUGAGAUUUGUAAUGCGAGCUGCAAACAGUCAACCUGGAAAAUUCUUGGUUGGAAUAUUGCUGGGUGGAAUGGGAAGAGAAAUGAUACAGAGUUUAUUACAUUUAUAUAACAGUGGGAUAUUUUAGUGUUUCAGGAGACAUGGACAAAAGAAGAGAUUAAUAUCAGUGGUUAUACUAUUUACUCAGUGAAAGCCCAUUCGGAUACUAACAGGGGAAGGCUGAAGGCCAGAUUAGUAUGCUGUAUAUCAUUAGCUUUGAAUGUAGAAUAUAUUCGAAUAUCUGACCUCCCCCCUUAUGCUAUGGCAAUUCUAAUUAAGGCUAAGAGCGGAGAUUUGUUAUUGAUUAAUGUUUAUCUGCCUCCAGGUCAAACAAUCAAUUCCUCUAUUACUAUUUGGCAACAGUUGGAUUUAUAUAUAACUGAAGCAACACUGAAUUAUACUUAUGCUUCUAUAAUCCUUAUGGGGGAUUUUAAUUCUAGAUGUGAUGAUACAAUGCUGAUGGCCUACCAUUUUUGGAAAUGGGGCGAUUGUACAGACGGUGCUCCUGUUCCCAACCGUUUUCCUAAAGAUAAAGCCAUCAAUUCAUCAGGAGUCCAACUGCUCUAUCUAACUAGGAUAUCUGAGCUGACAAUAUUAAAUGGUGCUAUACCCCCGGAUAUUCCUGGGGAAUAUAUGUUUCUUUCCUCGUGGGGGAGUAGUGUUGUGGAUUAUGUUAUGUUUUCUGAAUCUAUUCUUCCUUAUGUCACUUCCUUCGAGGUGGGUGAGCAAAUUUUCAGUGAUCAUUUUCCUAUGUUCAUUUAUUUAGAUCUUCCCCAGGAAAGGAGGGAUAAUCUUUUCCCCUGUGUUUUUGAUGAUAGUUCUACCAAUUUAAGUUGCAAAAUAAAAUGGUCAAAGAAAGUAGAAAGUGAGAUAUCCAUGUUCUAUGACUCUCCCGAAGGUAGAAAUCUAUAUAGUUCUAUUGUGCAAGCACAUUUAGGCCCGCAAACAAUUACUGCUUAUGCAAAAUUAGAAGAUGCUCUUAUACAAAAGUUUUCACGUUUGAGCAAGUCACAGUCUCCACACGCUCAUUGUAAGAGAGCAACAAAUAAUUGGUUUGACUCACGCUGUAGGGCAUUAUGUAAACAACUGAAGAAUAUCUACAGAGAACAUAGAUCGGGCUCAGAACAAUUUCUUCCACCUAUCUAUUUUCAGAUAAAGAAAGCAUAUAAAAACAGUCUCAAAUUUGCAAAACAUCAAGUCCUACGAAAUGCCUGGAAUAAGCUUAUAAUGGCUACUAAUAACAAAGAUAGCCACACUUUUUGGAGAAUUUUUUCUGUAACAAGCCGAGUUAACAUGCCUUGUAGGAUCUCAGCUAGAUCGUGGGAAACCCACUUUUUUGCAGUUUAUAAUAAUGCACAGCGUAGUCAGGUUUUUACACCAUCUUUGAUUGAUGUGUUACCCCGUUGGCCCCCCAUUAAGUCCUGCAGAAAUAACAAACUUAGUAGGAUGUUUAAAAACUGGAAAAGCCCCUGGUCCAGACCUUAUUGUUCCUGAAUUAUUAAAAGCUAAUAUAGAAUGGUGUGCCUUAGUUUUAGCCAAUUUAUUUACAUCUAUUAAUAGCACAGGAAUUAUACCAGAGCAAUGGAAAACAGCUAUAGUUGUUCCCAUAUUUAAAAAUGGUUCUGAUUUGGAUCCAUCCAAUUAUAGGCCUAUAAGUUUGCUGUCUGUGGUUGGUAAGCUAUAUGUUCUUUAUCUAUUGGAUAAGCUUGAGGCAUGGAUCUCAGAGAACCAGAUCCUUGGGAUUGAGCAAGUGGGUUUCAGAGCAGGCCGCUCUGCUCUUGAUCAUUGUAUGAUCUUGCAUCAUCUAGCGAAGAAAUAUUCUAGUGGCCCUAAAGGCAAUUUUUUUGUUGCUUUUAUAGAUUGAAAAUCUG